AAACCAAAUAAAACAAAAGAAAAGCUUUAAAAAAAAAUAAAAGAAGGCAAUUAAUUGACCGGAGAUUGUAAGGAUGACGACGGAGACACAAGCGACGUUGUCGAUGGAGACUUUACCUCUGGGCUUCAGAUUCAGACCAACGGAUGAAGAACUCAUCAAUCAUUACCUGAGAUUGAAAAUCAACGGCCGUGAUUUGGAGGUCAGAGUGAUCCCUGAGAUCGAUGUUUGCAAGUGGGAGCCAUGGGACUUACCCGGGCUUUCGGUGAUCAAGACGGAUGAUCAAGAGUGGUUCUUCUUCUGUCCACGUGACCGGAAGUAUCCGAGUGGCCACCGUUCGAACAGAGCUACUGACAUUGGAUACUGGAAAGCUACUGGUAAAGACCGAACUAUCAAGUCCAAGAAGAUGAUUAUCGGUAUGAAGAAGACUCUUGUCUUCUACCGUGGUCGAGCUCCUAGAGGUGAAAGAACCAACUGGAUUAUGCACGAGUAUCGUGCCACUGACAAGGACCUUGACGGCACUGGACCUGGUCAGAAUCCGUAUGUUUUGUGUCGCUUGUUCCACAAGCCUAGUGAUGUUGCAGCAAACUGUGACGAAGUAGAGAAUGUCAAUGCCACUCCCACCACAACUAGAUGCUCUCGCGAGGACAACAACAACUCUUCUGAGAUGUUCCAAGAAACAGCUGCUUCUCGUGUACAUGCUCAAAACAUAUCAGAUGACACCGACAGGUGUCCAAGCGACAAGGGCAGUGAUGUGAAGCCUGAUGAUGAUGCUCCGGUGAUUAAAACUGAGAAAUCUGUUGAUCAUGCUGAAACUUCUCGAGCCAGAGACCGUGUUUCCGGCAAAAGCAUAGUAGAGGAAAGCCCAUUUGCAAGGGACUUUUCAAGUCUUUAUGGACCCAGCUUUGCUCAAACCGGUGACCAAACAUAUACUCCGGCGACGCAUUCAAGCGUCGGUUUUCCUGCGUCACAUAUGGAUUCAAUGUAUUCCAGCGAUUUUGGAAACUGUCAUUAUGGCUUACAUUUUCAGGACGGUGCCGCCAUACAAGAUGAGUCCCUGGCAGAUGUCUUGGAUGAAGUGUUUCAUAACCAAUCAGCUAGUCAAGGCAAAGACUUUGCACUUCCCAAAAUGAUGCAUUGGUCGUUUCCCAGAGACACCUUUGGUUUUGUAAACGGGGGUGCUACUGCUGAAGCUUCUUCUUUCCCACAGUUUGUUCCUGACGUUGGAGCUUCCAGAUUAGUCAGUGAUCAUCACUAUGUUGAUAGCAAGGAGGCUGUAGAGAUACAAUCUUCAUCCGGUUCCUCUAGGACCUUUACGCCACUUCAUAGCAACGUUUUAGGACAGUAUCCUCCAGUUUCUUAUGCAACUAUGGAUCCGUUUAACUCCAAUGUCAAUCAGCGCGAGCAGUCAUCCUUUGAGCAGCAGCUCCCUGUUGACCGGAACAUUAGUCCCAAUGAGCUUAACGCUAGGUCUCGAGAGAAUCAGACGGAUCUUGACUUACUCGUGAACCAAGGCACUGCUCCUAGAAGAAUCCGGCUGCAAAUCGAGCAGCCAUUCACGCCAGUUAACAACGAGAAGGAGAGAGAUGUUGAUAACCAAGAAGAAGAUGAAGUACAGUCUGCCAUGACCAAGAUCGUAGAGGAGAAUGAAAACAGCUUGCUUGACAAGGACAAGAGCAGAGCACCAGAGCAUCCAAGUUUGUCGGAGUCAAGGACUCAGGGAACUGCUCAUAGGAGAAUCCGCUUGCAGACAAGAAUACGGAAGCUUCCCAGAGCACCUAACAACACAGGAAGGGACUCAGACCACAGUGAAGAAGUAGAAACGCAUAGCAAGGAAAAGGAAGAUGUAUCGGCUUCAUCAUCGUCAUCAUGGCAGAAACAGAAGAGGUUAAUGAGGAAGAGGUUGGUGCAGUGUAGCGGUAUGGUGAUAAUAAUGGCGGUGAUGGUACUUUUAGUAGGAAUAUGGAAAGAGUCAAGAGAUGCCAAAUGUAGCUUCUUGUUUCAGGAUUCCUUCAGAGGCAUGUUUACUUGAUGAUAUAUAGAGUGCCAUUCUCCACGUUUUUGUAUAAUUAAUCAUGUCUAGUCUUUUUUUUUUUUUUUUUUUUUUUGUAGUGUUGAGUGAUACAGUUAAAUUCCCUAGAAUCAUUAACAAAGUAGUUCCUCCUUUCUUUGCAGUUUAAACAAUUUCUA